AUGAAUUUCACCAACGCCGAGCUCCUGAAAGCUCGUGAGAGGAAAAUGGCCCGUUUUUCUCCAAAGUUCAACAACGAGGGAGAUGGGAAAAAGCGGGGCGGUGCUGAGAACCAAGCUGAAGGCGCCCAAGCCCCCAAAAGGAGGAAAUUGGUCAAAGUCUCCUCUGUCGCCGGCUCCUCCAACCCCGGCGCUCAACCCACUAUUGCCGCUGCGUCUAAAGGCAAAAAAGUUGCUAAAGCCUCCGUCGCCACGGCCACCGAGUCCACCACCGUACCGGCUCCCAAUUCCGCAGCUGCCGCCAAGUCCACUACUGUAGGCGCCACAGCCGCCUCCGCUGGUGCCACAACUACCUCUGUCGACCAGUCACCAGCCGCUGACACAACCACCAACAUUUCUCAACCCUCGGCUGUUGAGGAACUUGUCGCCGUCAAUGCCACAAAAGCUGCCGCGUCUUCCAAUGCUCCUGCUGGGGGGAAAGAAAAAGAAAAUGAAACCCCCAGGUCUCCCCCGCGCCAAGACGCACCUCCCAGCCCGCCCCCAACAGAUGAUGGGCGCUCCGUGUCUCCCCCGCCUCGCCGCGAAGAGAGACCUUCUCCUGAUGUCGCCGCCACCUUUGAAGCGACCCAGAUCGAGCAAGCUCUUGGGCUUGUCGCUUGGUAUUUCUCCACCAAGACUUUAAACAUCUUCCCCAAAGGGAUAAAUGGCCUCCAUUCUUGA